CUCUUUCACUCCCUGUAGCCAACAUGGCAGUCGGCAAGAAUAAGAGGCUGACCAAAGGUGGCAAAAAAGGUGCCAAAAAGAAGAUUGUCGACCCUUUCUCCAAGAAGGACUGGUAUGAUGUCAAGGCACCCGCUAUGUUCAACAUCCGCAACAUUGGCAAGACCUUGGUCUCCAGGACUCAGGGAACCAGAAUCGCCUCUGAUGGUCUGAAGGGACGUGUGUUCGAGGUGAGCCUCGCUGACCUGCAGAACGAUGAGGUGGCCUUCCGCAAGUUCAAGCUGAUCUCAGAAGACGUGCAGGGAAAGAACUGCCUGACUAACUUCCACGGCAUGGACCUGACCCGUGACAAGAUGUGCUCCAUGGUCAAGAAGUGGCAGACCAUGAUUGAGGCCCAUGUGGACGUGAAGACCACAGACGGCUACCUCUUGCGUCUAUUCUGUGUUGGCUUCACCAAGAAGCGCACCAACCAGAUCAGGAAGACGUCGUACGCCCAGCACCAGCAGGUCCGUCAGAUCAGGAAGAAGAUGAUGGAGAUCAUGACCCGUGAGGUCCAGACCAAUGACCUGAAGGAAGUCGUCAACAAGCUGAUCCCUGACUCUGUUGGCAAGGACAUUGAGAAGGCCUGCCAGUCCAUCUACCCCCUCCACGACGUCUACGUCAGGAAGGUUAAGAUGCUGAAGAAGCCCAAGUUUGAGUUGGGCAAACUGAUGGAGCUCCACGGUGAGGGUGGUGGCAGCAGUGCAGCCAAGCCCUCUGGGGACGACACCGGGGCUAAGGUGGAUAGGGCCGACGGUUACGAGCCCCCCAUCCAAGAGACCGUCUAAACACCUGACAGAUUUAAUAAAAAAUGUAAAUGAU